AUGUCCAUCAAAGCCCCCGGUCUUCGCCCUCUCGUCAGCGCCGCAGAAGUGCACACGCGAGAGGACGCGCCCCAUCGUGUGGUCGAUGUUGCGAUGGGCGACUAUUUCAUGGGUUCGCAAGCUGAGAACGUUGCGCUGGGUGCUGUGAGGCUUGAUGGUGCCGCUCCUAAUUUGACGCCUGAGCAGCUGCUCAAUGCAAAAUUGCAUGUUAAGGCGUAUGGGGUGGUGGGUACGAGGGCGCUGGCGCAGUAUGAUCUUGCACCCCUUGCGACAGGGUUGAAUGCUGAUAGUUAUGCUAUCUAUGCUGCUGGUGAGUAUUCCGGAUAG